UCCCUCUUCCCCACUCCAUAUACACACAGGCCGGGGAGGAGGAGCAGGGCAGACUCAUCACAGCUACCAGUUACACAAGCAAGCGCUGUCCUGUGGACCUUGGUGCCCUCCCUGCCCUGUUCUGGCACUGGCACAGGUGGUCAGCACUUAGUGGAGCAGGGUUUGGGGCGCCCCCUCUCUCCCACCGUCAGUACUCUGGGAUUACUCUGUGGCUUCUUAUUACUGGAUACUUUUGGGGAUCCUGAAUCAUGAUGACAUGUUGAGAUUGGGCUUUGUGGCUUUCCUGCUAUUGGAUUUAAUCAUUGUCCUGGUACAAGGAGUGAUCAUCAGCACUGUCCUGGGAUCCUGGCAUGGCAGUACCUCUGACUGACUACUUCAAGUAAUCCAGGUGUACAAGAAAAAGCAGAAUACACUGUGUCAAGUCUCACAAAGAACACUGAUGUAAUCCUGUGUUGUCUAAACGAGCUGAUGGAUGAAGAUGAGAAAGAUAGAGCGAAGAGGGCUUCACGGAAUAAAUCUGAGAAGAAGAGAAGAGACCAAUUUAAUGUCCUCAUCAAGGAGCUGUGUACAAUGCUGCAUGGUCAUGGACACCCCCUCAAGAUGGACAAGUCCACCAUUCUCCAAAGAACUAUAGAUUUCUUAGAGAAACAGAAAGAAAUCACAGCACAGACAGAGGCCUGUGAAAUCAGGCAGGACUGGAAACCUUCCUUUCUUAGUAAUGAAGAGUUUACCCAGUUGAUGUUAGAGGCACUGGAUGGGUUUCUAAUCGCGCUGACUACAGACGGCAUGAUAAUAUAUGUUUCUGACAGCGUCUCCUCUCUUCUUGGUCAUUUACCGUCAGAUUUGGUGGACCAAAAUAUAUUGAACUUUCUGCCUGAGCGGGAACAUGGUGAAGUGUAUAAGAUGCUGGCUCCACAUAUUCUUAUGACAGAACCAAUCACUCCUGAAUUUUUCAACAAUGAUAAACAAAUGGAGUUUUGCUGUCAUUUAGCAAGAGGAAGUCUGGACCCAAAUGAGCCUCCAACUUAUGAAUAUGUAAAAUUUGUUGUAGAUUUUAAGUUUUUUACACACGUGCCUACAUCGUCGUAUAAUGGCUUUGAGUCAGCUGUUGCAAGGGCGUUCAAGUCAGCCACCGAAGAGCAGAUAUGUCUUGUAGCUACAGUACGACUUGUUACUCCACAGUUUCUAAAAGAGUUGUGCAAUGUAGAAGAGCCUUGUGAAGAAUUUACAUCGAGGCACAGUUUAGAGUGGAAAUUUCUCUUUUUAGACCACAGGGCUCCACCUAUUAUUGGCUAUUUACCCUUUGAAGUGCUGGGGACGUCUGGGUACGAUUACUACCAUGCUGAUGAUCUGGAGCUACUAGCAAGGUGUCAUGUGCACUUGAUGCAAUAUGGGAAGGGAAAGUCCUGUUACUACAGGUUUCUAACCAAAGGCCAACAGUGGAUCUGGCUGCAGACGCACUACUACAUCACUUACCACCAGUGGAAUUCCAAGCCUGAGUUCAUUGUUUGUACACACACUGUUGUUAGCUACGCUGAAGUCCGAGCAGAGAGAAGGAGAGACCUGGGCCUGGAGGAGUCCGCUCUAGAAAUUGCUGAUCCAUCAUUAAAGAUCCAAGGCAACUAUCUAGAUAUCAGACAGUGUACCAAUAACCAGGAGCCGAGCAGGGAAGGCAUGUCGGUUUCAUCUCAUAGUUCCCGCAGAUCAUCUCACACAGCCCUUUCAGACUCGGCCUCCACAUCAUCCAUGCGACCUACAGAAGCUAGUACACCAUCUAGACACUCCAUGACCUUAAGCCAGCAAGACAUGCCCCAAAUAAGAAUGGCACCCAGUCAAAACCAGCAGGUAGUAACUCCUCAGCCUCCUGCUGAACAUAUUUCCCAACAUCAUGUUGUACAGCCGACUAUUUCACCACAGCAAGCUAUCAUGCCGGGGUGUCAUUAUCCCGCUCACCUAGGAAUGGUGACGCAAUUGAAGGAACAACUAGAAGAGAGGACGCGGAUAUUACAGGCAGACAUCAAGACCCAACAACAGGAACUUGAUGUCCUAAAGGAGCAGCUCCAGCUAGUGCAGGGCUCCAAUCUGCAGAUGUUUAUGCAGCAACCGAUCCCAAUGGGAUUUAAUAAAGUUCAGCAGCCUGAUUCCAGGAGGGUGUCACGCCAGUCUGGAGCAGUAGUGAGGCCAGGUCUGGAAAUGGGAAAGAAAUCUCAAUCAAUGAUGAGUUCCAAGCACUUUUGUGCAUCUAAUAUAACCUCCAGUCAUCAGUAUGUUAAACCAAAUCAGAAUACAGCUCACCAGCAACACCCCCAAACUCAGCAACACCCUCAGCAAAUACAGCAGCAGGCAUCGCAACACCAGCAUCAACAAUUACAACAACCAGCAUCCCAGCACCAGCAAAUGCAGCAAACAUCGCAGCACCAGCAUCAGCAAGUCCAGCAAGCACAGCAGCAACUCCAGCACCAGCAGCAAAUGCAGCAGAUACAACAACAGCAGCAUCACCAACAACAGCUGCAGAAGCAUCAGCACCAGCAGCACCAGUUAAUGAGACAGCAACGCAUGAUGAGAGGAAACCAGGCACAGCAGGCAGCUGUGUUACAGACUCAUAGCAACAUCGUCAUGCCGCUAUAUAAUAAUACUAUGAUGUUCCAACAAACUCGCCCCCCUGCUGCAGCUGCUUCUUCGCGGAUUCCAACAGAUACUGUGGACAUAUCCCAAACAUCUGAUUUCACGCAAGACAGGCAUUUAAGGUUCGUCCAGGACCAACAGAUGCGGCCGCCUUCUAUACAGAUGCAGCCGAUCACAUGUAGCACGGUGAUCGCAGCCUCCCCCGCUCCAGCAUAUACCCCUUCAGUUAUGAUCCCUCCAGCCAGCUUUAACCCCCAGCAGACUGCAGUUCACCUUCACCAUUUGCAGCAGCAGCCGGUCCAACCACAGCAUCUUUAUCUACAGAUGCAGAAUCCUGAAUCCAUACAAUCUAGCCCGUCUCAGCAUAUGUUUCAGCAGCCUCACAUCCCUCAGCAGAACACUAUGGGAUAUUUCCUGCAUCCUCAACAGCAAAAUCAAUCUGGUAAUAGAUCCGACUUACCGGAGAUGUAACUCCUAUGACGCUAAAGGAAGCAGGAUUGGACCUCAGGUAUUACACUUGUGCACCAUGUGCAACAGUAGUAGAAGACACUGAUGGGCUGAGAAGCCCUCUACAGCAUGCCCAAGCCAAUGACGGUUGUGCUGAAGGGCUGAGAAGGAGAAGAGUUCACUGAAGAUGGGCUAUAAAAUAAUCGGGGAGGAAUAACAACAAACCCAUAUACAAUGAUGUAGAUUCCCAGCUGCCUUCAAGAAGAACCAACUGUAGUUAGUAACUGAUGUUACCUAUACACCAAAGUGUAUGUUAGGGGGCUUUCUUUUGGUUUGCCAAAAAACACCCAUUAAGUGACUAUAAACUCUACCUAUGCCCAUCAAACUAUAUAGCCAUAUAGCUAGUGGUUUUGGUUAAGCAUAGUGUGUUCCAGGAGAGUGCUUGGUAAGUCAGGACAGCGGUCUAUGGUUAAGUCAAAUAACCUCAAGCACUAUUUUCAUUUACCUUAGAGGCUACAUUAUGUAGACACAUCUUUGUACAUCUACUUUAUGAAGAAAUUCAGAGAUUUAUGCUAAUUUACUGAUGUUCUGUAUGCCCUUGAAUCAAUCAGUAGUUUCAUGCCAAAGUAUUCUAUAUUGACUUACAGAAGAGUAUCUAGAAAAGUGCCCAACAGAUAACGGAACUAGUCACAAUGCCCCGGCCUGGUGCUGGUUGGUUGAAAUGUCCAUCUACUGAUGUAGCAGAGUCUCAUCAAUGCAGUAAUGCUGAGAUUGUCAUUUGUGCUGUAAUAUCUAAAUGUUUUGUGAUUCUUGAUAGGACCAUAAGUAAACUUUAUUGUUCAUAUGAUGAACAAAACAGCCCUGCUGUGUCUCCAUACAGAUGGAACGGCUGGUUCAGCCAUUAAAGAUCUACUAAACAUGGAGACGUGUUGCUUUGGAAUUACUUGCACUGUAAUUCAGAUGAAUGCUACAUGCUUGCUGCUAUUGUUAGUAUACAGGAGGUGUGCAGCAUUUAUUUCAUAUGUGCCCAGAUAUUGUUAGAAUAGAUGGUCAAAUAAGAAUGUACAGAGUUAUGAAUUAUAUUUGUGAUAUAAAUAUAUUUAUUGCAUUGG